AUGCGUGCCAAUGGAGGGAUUGACGCAGCGGCAUGCGUACCAUAUGGGGCUCGCCGUCCGAUCAUACUGUCCCAUAAAAGUGCACUGGCGGAAAUGAUCGUUCGUCACAACCAUGAGAGGAUGUGCCACCAAAACGUGGAGGCCACCAUCGGCGAGAUUCGCCAAAAGUUUUGGAUAACUAACGUGAGGAGGCUUCUACGGAAGGUGGUGGCUGACUGUAACGUAUGCAAGUUGCGGAAAGCACGACCGACACAACCGAAAAUGGGCCCAUUGCCAGAGGAUCGGCUUGAGGCAAAUGGAUGGCCAUUUAAGUUCACUGGCCUGGACUAUUUCGGACCAUUGCUCGUGUCGAUUGGGCGCCGAACAGAGAAUAGGUGGGUGGCGCUAUUCACCUGCUUAACUACGAGAGCCGUCCACUUGGAGAUGGCUCAUGAUUUGUCAACAGAUUCAUGCAUCAUCGCUAUGAGAAACUUCAUGUGCCGCCGUGGACAUGUGGUUAGAAUAAGGAGCGAUAAUGGCAAGAACUUUGUGGGAGCCGAUAAAGAGGCCAGACGAUUCACCGAUGUAUUUGACCCAGUGAAGAUACAGGGCGAGUUUUCAUCUAAAGGAAUCGAAUGGAUCUUCAACUGCCCAUCAAGCCCAGCUGAGGGAGGUGUCUGGGAAAGGAUGGUCCAGUGCGUGAAGAAGGUUUUGGCGCAUACGAUGAAGGAACUUGCACCCAAGGAGCACGUGCUGGAGAACUUGCUGAUCGAGGCGGAGAACAUAGUGAAUUCCCGCCCGCUCACGCACUUGCCGAUCACAGUGGACCAGGAGGCUCCACUGACACCGAACGACCUGUUGAAAGGAAUGCCCGAUGUGCCAAGUCUUCCUGGAGAUGAUGAAUUGGCAUCUGAGAGAUGCACAACAAGGAAACAGUGGCGUAUCGUUUGGAUGAUGAGAGAUCGGUUCUGGAAACGAUGGGUGCACAAGUACUUGCCCACGCUUGUUCGCAGAAAGAAAUGGUGCCAGCGAGGAGACCUGGUAUACAUCUGCGAUCCGGCCAUACAACGCAGGGAGUGGAAAAGAGGCGUCGUUGAAGAGGUGUUCACCCGGAAAGAUGGAGUGCCACGGCGGGCUUCGGUGAGGACUAGUGCUGCGUCCAGCUUCGAAGUUAGCCGUUCUGAAUGUGGUGAAUGCUGUUGCUUCACGGGGGAGGGGAUGUCGCGGAACGGUAGUCUUAAUUUACAAGUGCGUGAAUAA